CCUCUCCACUGUGUCCCUUGAGGCCUGGCCCCACCCGCCAUUCAGAGCCACUGCCCUGUACCUUUGCCUGUGGACAGCAAACACACACCCUAAGGACCCUGAGGACACAUAUAAACACUAGCACCCACGCACUCACACCCCUCAACACUACCCUCACCCAUCAGGAUGAUCACCUCAGAGCUCCCUGUCCUACAGGACUCAUCCAAUGAGUCUGGGGCCACAGACGCAGUGAGCCUAAGUAUGAGUAUGAGCGAGAUAGAGGACCCAGAGGCUAAAGGCAAGAAGAAGAGAGGAAGGCCUGGGAAACAGCCCUUGACUUCCAAUAAAAAGCCUCGAAAGUCACCGAUAGACAAGAGUGUAGGAGUGGCCAGAGGGCGAGGGAAGGCCAAUGGCGUGGCUCAACAUAACGGAGAGGGGGCAGACCCUGUUACGCUAUUUGAGGUGGUCAAACUGGGCAAGAGUGCCAUGCAGUCUGUGGUGGAUGACUGGAUAGAGUCAUAUAAGCAAGACAGAGACAUUGCUCUCCUGGACCUCAUUAACUUCUUCAUCCAGUGUUCAGGAUGCAAGGGCACGGUGAGGAUUGAAAUGUUUCGGAACAUGCAGAAUGCUGAAAUCAUCCGCAAGAUGACGGAGGAGUUUGAUGAGGACAGCGGGGACUAUCCUCUCACCAUGCCGGGGCCCUUAUGGAAGAAGUUCCGCUACAACUUCUGUGAGUUCAUCUGUGUCUUGAUCCGCCAGUGUCAGUACAGCAUCAUCUACGACGAGUACAUGAUGGAUACGGUCAUCUCCCUCCUCACCGGACUGUCUGACUCUCAGGUCCGGGCCUUCCGACACACCUCCACUCUGGCAGCAAUGAAGCUGAUGACGGCACUGGUCAACGUGGCGCUAAACCUGAGCAUCCAUCAAGACAAUACUCAGAGACAGUACGAGGCUGAGAGGAACAAGAUGGCCGGCAAACGAGCCAAUGAAAAGCUGGAACUGCUGCUCCAAAAAAGGAAGGAGCUCCAGGAAAACCAGGAUGAGAUAGAGAACAUGAUGAACUCCAUCUUCAAGGGAAUCUUUGUCCACCGCUACAGGGAUGCGAUCGCUGAGAUCCGAGCCAUCUGUAUUGAGGAGAUCGGUGUGUGGAUGAAAAUGUACAGUGAUGCCUUUCUCAACGACAGUUACCUGAAAUAUGUGGGCUGGACACUGCAUGACAGGCAAGGAGAAGUGCGUCUGAAGUGCCUGAAGGCUCUGCAGAACCUCUACACCAACAGAGAGCUGUUCACUAAGCUAGAGCUCUUCACCAACCGCUUCAAGGACCGCAUUGUAUCCAUGACUCUGGAUAAGGAGUACGAUGUGGCUGUGGAGGCCAUCAGACUGGUCACACUCAUCCUACAGGGAAGUGAAGAUGCUUUGUCCAGUGAGGACUGUGAGAAUGUGUACCAUCUGGUUUACUCUGCCCACCGACCAGUGGCUGUUGCGGCGGGAGAGUUCCUACACAGGAAAUUGUUCAGUCGUCACGAUCCGCAAGCAGAGGAGGCGUUAGCUAAGCGCAGGGGAAGGAGUAGCCCCAAUGGGAACCUCAUCCGCAUGCUGGUGCUCUUCUUCCUGGAGAGUGAGCUCCACGAGCAUGCAGCCUAUCUGGUGGACUCAUUGUGGGAGAGCUCCCAGGAGCUGCUGAAGGACUGGGAGUGUAUGACUGAACUUCUGCUGGAGGAGCCCGUGCAGGGGGAGGAGGUACUGUCAGACAGGCAAGAAAGUGCGCUUAUAGAGCUGACAGUGUGUACCAUAAGACAGGCAGCGGAGGCACACCCACCUGUUGGCAGAGGCACUGGCAAACGGGUCUUGACAGCGAAGGAAAGGAAAACCCAGAUUGAUGACAAGAACAAACUGACAGAGCACUUCAUCAUGGCCCUGCCCAUGUUGCUGUCCAAGUACCAGGCGGACUCAGAGAAAGUUGCCAACCUGCUGCAGAUCCCACAGUACUUUGACCUGGAUGUGUACAGCGCCGGGCGGAUGGAGAAGCACCUGGACGCCCUACUCAAGCAGAUCCGCUUGGUGGUGGAGAAGCACAUAGAAACGGAUGUACUGGAGGCCUGCAGCAAGACCUACAGCAUCCUCUGCUCCGAGGAGUACACCAUCAUGAACCGUGUAGACAUCGCCCGCUCGCAGCUCAUCGACGAGAUGACCGACCGCUUUGCGCACUCCGUGGAGGAGCUACUCCAGGAGGCGGAGGAGGCAGACGAUGAUGAUAUCUAUAAUGUUCUGUCGACGCUGAAGAGACUCACGGCCUUCCACAAUGCCCAUGACUUGACACGGUGGGACCUGUUUGGAAACUGCUACCGGCUACUGAAGGCAGGCAUUGAGCAGGGCUCCAUGCCAGAGCAGAUUGCUGUCCAGGCCCUGCAGUGCUCUCACUAUUCUAUUCUUUGGCAGCUGGUCAAGAUCACAGAGGGAGCCCCCAGCAAGGAUGACCUGAUAGCCCUCAGGAGAGUGGUGAAAUCUUUUCUGGCAGUGUGCCAACAGUGUCUGUCCAACGUGAACACGCCUGUCAAGGAACAGGCAUUCAUGCUGCUCUGUGACCUGCUGAUGAUCUUCAGUCACCAGUUGGUGUCUGGGGGCAGGGAGGGUCUCCAGCCGCUGGUCUUCAACCCCGACAGCACCCUGCAGAACGAACUGCUCAACUUUGUCUUGGACCAUGUCUUCAUCGACCAGGACGAUGAGAGCCAGAGCAUGGAAGGAGACGAGGAAGACGAGGCCAACAAAAUCGAGGCGCUUCACAAGAGGAGGAACCUGCUGGCAGCCUUCAGCAAACUCAUUAUAUACGAUAUUGUAGACAUGCCUGCUGCUGCUGACAUUUUCAAACACUACAUGAAGUACUACAACGACUAUGGAGACAUAAUCAAGGAGACUCUAAGUAAGACCAGACAGACAGACAAGAUCCUGUGUGCCAAGACACUCAUCCUCAGCUUACAGCAGUUAUUCAAUGAACUGCUACAAGACCAGGGCCCUAACCUAGAUCGGACCUCAUCUCAUGUCAGCGGCAUCAAGGAGCUGGCCCGGCGGUUUGCGCUCACCUUUGGCUUGGACCAGAUCAAGACUCGGGAGGCUGUGGCCACACUGCAUAAGGAUGGAAUAGAGUUUGCAUUCAAGUACCAGAACCCUCGUGGAUCAGAGUUCCCCCCCAUUAACCUGGCCUUCCUGGAGGUACUCAGUGAGUUCUCCUCCAAGCUACUGCGCCAGGACAAGAAAACCGUCCAUUCUUACCUGGAAAAGUUCAUGUCAGAGUCGAUGUCAGAGCGUCGGGAGGACGUGUGGUUGCCGCUGAUCUCCUACCGGAACAGCCUACUAACAGGUGGAGACGAGGACCGCAUGUCUGUCACCUCAGGCUCCAGCAGCAAGACCGGCUCAAUUCGCAGCAAGAAGGGCCGACCGCCACUACAUAAGAAACGUAUAGAGGAGGAAAGCAGCAUGGAGGGUUCAUGGAUGAUGCGCAAUGACACCAUUCAGACACCGGGGGCACUGCAGACCCCUCAGUUAACCUCCACUGUGCUCCGAGAGAACAGGCCAGCAGAACACAUGCCGGACCCCGACUCAGAGCCUGGGUCAGAGAACGACUAUGUACACAAUCCUCAGAUGCAGAUGUCAUGGCUGGGCCAGCAGAAGAUGGAGGAGGUGAACAGGAAGGACCGGACAGGCAUGAACUACAUCAAGUCACGCAGCAACCAGGGCGUCAGACAGACAGUUCGCGGGCUAAUGGAGGAUGACGCGGAGCCCAUCUUCGAAGACGUCAUGAUGUCAUCACGAGGCCAGCUGGAAGACAUGAACGAAGAGUUUGAAGACACCAUGGUGAUCGACUUGCCACCAUCAAGGAACAGACGCGAGAGGGCGGAGUUGAGACCGGACUUCUUUGACUCUGCGGCGAUGAUCGAAGAUGAAUCGGGAUUCAGCAUGCCCAUGUUCUGAUCUGGGAAAAGGCAGCAUUCUCAAGUCCCGGAUCCAAAUCAGAGGCAAAGGGGGAGGGAGUGUGUUGGGAUGUCUAACCCCAAAUCACCUGCCAUUUCAAACUCUUGAAAGAAAUUAAAAAAAAAAAAAAAAUCAAAAACAAUGAAGUACUUUCCUCUCUCUAUAAGACAUAAUGGGAGGGCGGAACGGACCCAGUGAUUGGAUUUGGGAGUGGAUGAAAUGCAUCCCAGUCUGUCAAGCAAGGACCUGCAUUCUUCAGGCUGACCAGAAGAUCCGGCCCAGCCAUUGGAGUAUCCAACAGCAUUUCCUCUUGGCUAUGGAAAACUCGCAGAGAGAAACUUAAGGAGUUCCCGACACCUGCUCUCCUUCCUCCUGUCUACCGCCCCCCCAUCCCAUUUGGUUUUAGUGGUCGCUCUGAUGGUGCUGUGGUGAAUCUCAGUGCCGGUCAAUUUGGUGCGCGUGUACCCCCCCCCCCUCCCCGGUGCGUCCAGUUUUAUGGUCCCCCAUUCCACAGAUGUACAGCAGUUUGGUUCUUCUUUCUGCAGCACAGAGCAACACAACACUCUGUACAGUGUCCCUACCCCAACCCCCACCUCGUCCCUAUCUUUGCUGUCGCACUGCGACCGUCUGGUUACAUCCAACUUUGACAGUGUCUCAAGACAAUAUUAGAUAUAUAUCUUUGCUCUUAUUACACCCCCACCCCCACCCCUUUAUACGAGUCUCUGUUUGCCAAUUGAUUCCAUGUCCGCGGUGAUGGUGAUGUUGGUGUGUGAUGUGUAGACUGUGUUGGUUUUUGGUGGUUCGUGAGUUACGAAGAGUUAAACACUCACACAGAGGCGAGUGGUUUGUGGACUGGCGGAGGAAGUGAAGCGCUUGUGUGGUGCAUGAAGUCAGAGACACGGGCACCCUCAUUGGACAGUUUGUUUUAACCGGUAGGAGGACAUGAGACACACCCCUCGACUUCAGACAGCAGGCCCACCCUCUCAGAACUCAAAAUGAGCACUUGCUCACCCACACCACAGAAUCACAACUUUUCGAGGUUAAAAUGUUGGGGGGGGAGAUUAAUUAAUAAACAUAUUUUGAAUUCUGUAGCUUUAGUACGGAAGUUUUAAAUUCAGUGUGUUUUGUUUUGUUUUUGAUUUUGUCUGAUGUUUGUACAGUUCUUUCUUGAAAAUGUUUCUUGUUCGUUGCCAAAUUGUGGCCUACAUACUUGUGUCCUGGUACCCUCCUUUCUGUCACUCAUAUCUAAUGGUUAGCAAGCCGAGACUGUUGGCGUGGGGUACCAGCUUAGGCGCUGUAUGGUUUCAGUUGCAUUCGUUCGACGGUUCAUCGUUACAGAUUUUUCCCCGCGAGGAUCCGACUCGUCCAACGCCUUUUGUUCCUGAGGAAAGGCCUGUUGUUGUUACAAGUGAAAACCAUGUUAUUUAAGUCGUACAUCCACACAAAAGGGUUAACCGAUCCAGUAGAUGAGCCGAGAUUUGUCGUUCUCAUCAGUUUUCAUAUCUGCUGCAGCGACUGGUCUGUGUGACUGUUGUCUGAUGGGUUUUUGAUGCCUGUGCUGACUGUGUCCAGCCGGGCACGUUGCAGCCUGCUGCUGUAGUCGUGUGGUUGGUCGGUCAGUCGGUCAUUCUGGCUGGUCUUGGCAGUCCUGUAAAUAUCAGAGACAUUUGGAUCUGUUCUGUGGCGCAGUUGACAUCACCUGUCCUUUUAAUGCUCCAAAAGCCUGUUUUGUUUUGUUUUUUUGUUUAUUUUUUGUUCUUUUUCUGUGAACUUAAAAUUCUUUUUAAUAAAAUAAAAUCUGUAAUCGA